GUAGAAAACGUGUGCAUCAGGCGGGUUUAAAACAAUAAGACACAGUUAAUACCGAUCGAUGGUGGGCGGAUGAUUUACAUUAAAUCUUAACACAUAAAGUAUUAUGGACCAAAAUGACGCAGCGCUGUCACUGUUGUCUGGGAGCUACAUAUUAAUGCAAGUGUGAUAUUUUAAGGUGGAAACAUCUCUAAAGUCAGUCCUGAGUUAAGAUGUUUGUAUCAAAGUAUUGUUUCCAGUGUCCUCACUAAUAUCUUCCCACCACCGGCGGCAGUACUGAACACAGCUGCAGAACAAGCAGCACUCAGGGUUGCCAGGUCCGCGAUAAUCCUGCAAAAUUGGGCUAAUUUGGCAAUGAUAGCAGUGCUGUUGGACUUUAACGCAGUGAAUAAGUCUCCAGGAGCGAGCAGGAUGUCUGUGGGCAUGACCAGGGCGGAUGGGGUCACUGUGUUGACUUUGACCACAGACCCCAAUAGUGCUUGUCCACCUCUAUGCCAAAUCUUCAAGGCCCUUUGCUACAGCCCCGUAUGCUGCUCUGUGUCCCAGCAGCUGAGGAGUGUGCAGAAAACUUCUCAGUCAGCACUGGGGACUCUGCACAUUAUGAUUGGCUUGCUCAACAUUGGCCUUGGAGUUGUCCUCUGGAGCGAUCGUUUUAGCCCUUGGUGGAUAAUAGAGAGCAUGUUUCCUUUUUGGCUUGGAAGCCUGUUCAUACUUUUUGGCAUCACAUGCAUUUUGUCUGAGAAGUUUCCCAGUCGAUGUCUGGUCAUCAUCAACGUGAUUCUGAAUCUGGCAGGAGUUUGUUUUGCCAUUGCAGGCAUUGUACUGUACUCCAUCAAUAUGGUAGAAAGUGGCAGAUUGUGGUGGAUGUGCGAAGAUGACCAUUAUUAUGACCAUUAUGACUACGAGUAUGGCCAUCAUGCAAGGACGACAGCAAGUCCAUCUCCAGAGAAGCUGAUCAUCCAGGAGAAAUGUUUGGAGGCAAAAGCACUGAUUCGUAUGCUUAAUAGAAGCAUGAAUGCUGUGAUGAUCUUCAUGUCGGCUCUGGAGAUCUUCCUCGUCAUCAGCUCUGCUGUCAUCGGGAUCAAAGCCCUGAAGAGCAGUCAGAAGGGAGAAAACAAGGUAGAGUAUGCAAAGUUACAUUUUAUUGUUGAAUCUGUUUGCCCAGAAAUACGACAGAGUAUUUCCUCAUUACAUGAAGAAAAAAAAAGAAAAAAAUUCCGGGACUAAAUUAAACUCGACAUGAUGACUUUAAAGUCAGCACUUCGACAUUAAACUCCAAAUGUCGAGAAUAAAGUUGAAAUAUCAUGCCGACUUUAAUCUCAGCAUGUCGACAUUUAAGUCGACAUGUCAAGAUUAAAGUCAAGGUUUCGACAAUAAAGUUGGCAUGUCAUGUCGAUUUUAAU